GAGAGGCGUCACGCCUUCUCUGCAUAAAUUGGCAAAAUUAUUUUCGGAACUAAAGACAUGGGUACACAUGCUGUUUGAUAUUUGUGUAUUAUAUAGUGUGAGAACUUUGUGAAAAUUCUGACUGAAUUUCUCUGGAUUUUAUUUGAACAUCGUACCCGAUGCAAUAAGGAUGCGCUUUGCGAAUGUUCUUGUUUUGUCGUUUAUAUUAGCUUUAGCUAAUUCUGCGGGCAAUGAAUGUGACAAAGCCGAUAAAGAAUGUAUUUCUGAACAUGAGAAAUCGAAAUAUUCUAAAGAGAAAAACCAAGGGAAGUGGAAGAAAUACCUGAAAAAGAUUGAAAAAGCUGUUAAAGAAUACAAGGAUUGUACACAAGAUGAGUGUAGCUGUCACAGAAGUGUUAUAGAGGAAGAUUUGGCUCCCUGGAAGAAUGGAAUCACAGAGGAGGUGUUUAACACAGCCAAAAGCAAUAACUAUGGCUCCCAUUAUCAAAUCGUCAAUCACAAGUUAUACAGAGAGGAGGGCUGUAUGUUUCCAGCAAGGUGUAGUGGGAAUGAGCAUUUCAUUCUAGAGGUGAUAAAGAAGCUGCCAGACAUGGAGUUUGUGAUUAACACUCGGGACUGGCCUCAGAUCUCCUCACGCCAACAACCCAUACCUGUCUUCUCCUUCAGCAAAGUGAGAGGACAGAGUCAUGACAUCAUGUACCCUGCCUGGACAUUCUGGGAGGGGGGACCAGCUGUGUGGCCUAUCUACCCCACAGGUCUGGGGCGCUGGGACGAACAAAGAGAAAUCAUACCCAGAGCUGCCAAAAGUUGGCCAUGGGAGAAGAAGAAAAACAAGGGAUUUUUUCGGGGAUCUCGUACAAGUUCGGAGAGAGACCCUUUGAUUCUAUUGUCUCGCUCCAACCCUGAACUGGUGGAUGCUGAGUAUACUAAGAACCAGGCCUGGAAAUCUGAGGCGGACACACUGCACAGACCCCCGGCCAAGGAGAUUAGACUGGAGGAUCACUGUGAUUACAAAUACCUGUUUAAUUUCCGGGGAGUGGCGGCCAGCUUCCGUUUCAAGCACCUGUUUCUGUGUGAUUCAGUCGUCUUCCAUGUUGGCAGUGCUUGGUUGGAAUUCUUUUAUCCAGCCAUGAAGCCCUGGGUACAUUACAUUCCUGUCAAAGAGGACUUGUCUGAUUUUAGAGAUCUUUUAGAGUUUGCAAAAGAAAAUGAUGAUGUGGUCCAUGAAAUUGCCAAAAGGGGUCGGCAGUUUAUAUGGGACCAUCUUAGGAUGGAAGAUGUAACUUGUUACUGGGAGACUCUGCUGAAAAAGUAUGCCAAACUUUUGAAAUUCAAAACAAAGAAGAACAAAACUUACAAGCAAAUCAAGUAGAGUUUCUUCCUACAUUUUUACAAUUUUUAAUAAAGUUAUAUAUUUGAUAUAUAGGGAUUUCAUAUAUAUUUUUGUGAGUUUUAUCUUUCUUUAUACAAUUGCAUAGAUGUAUGCAUGUUUACAAAUGUUAAAAGUGACUGUAAUUAUCUUUUGUGUGAUACAGUAUAGUAUGUAUUUUUACCUUAAAGGACCAUAUUAGGGUCUAUAACUCUGUAAAUUAUGUUUAUUUACUUGUCAAAAAUAUUUAUCUCUACUGCAACCAAAUAUUUGAUAAUCAUUUACAUCAUCUUUAAUAUAUGGAAAAUACAAACUUGAAAAAGAUAAAGAACAUUAUUGAUUCAAUUUGUUUUUCAAAUUGUAUUUCUUCUGUUUGACAAUACAGUUAUUUUCAAAAUGAUACGGUUAACAUUGGUGACUUAUCUUUUUACAAAUGAAUUUAAUAAUUAAAAUGCCAUUUUAAAAGAUAUGUGAUAUGUGAACCCUGUUUAAUAUGUAAAUUCUAUAUUCUUAGGGGUAUUCUGUAAUUCUAUUUGAAUCCAUGUCAUGAAAUCCUGUGUAGCAUAAAACAUAUUUAUUGUAAGUUGUGUUAAUCA